CGAAUUCCUACCGUGCCGGUGGCAGAUCGGAGCAUGUUCAGUUCGUCAGUUCGGAACCACCGCAGACGGUUCAGCCAACCACCGGGCGGACGAAAGCACCAUGGCGGACGAAGCCUUGACGGUGCCCCAGGAAGACCCGCCUUUGCCGUCCGGCGCUGACCAGCCACGCGAACAGUGCGAAGGGCAAGAGAGCCUUCGGACAUGGCCGUGUUUCUCCGACAUUUUCGAUGAGAUGCAGCUGCUUCUUCAGAAGCUCCGAGACGCGCACGAGGUGGAGACGAUGGCCGCUCCGACUCCCCCCGAUCGGGGCAUGGUACCACAGAGCUCCGAGCCAGUCUCGCGCCCGCCCGAGCCGGCCUCGCCGAAGGCACGAGCGACGAGUAGCCGAGCCAGCCUCUUGCUUGUGGAUCGUGAGGGCGAGACGCCUUCAGAGCAGGUUCGACCAAUAUCCACGAAGGUUUCGAGCAAGCUAAUGAAGGAAGCGAAACAAACGGUGGUGGAAAUGGAGUGGCAAAUCGACGCGAACUCCAUGGAUUCCUGUUCCUUGCAGCUGCGCGAGGAGUGGGAUCUCUCGGAAGAGAAGCUCUUCGACCUGAAGCGGAUUCAGAGGAGAAUGUCUGCUUCUAGCCUUGCCAGCUUGCAAAAACCCAACAUCAGAAGGCAAUACUUGGUGAGAGUGAAGGAGCCUGGGCCAUGGUUCAUUAUGAGUCCAUCUUCCAAGCAACGGUUUGUAUGGGAUUGCAUUGCGUUGCUCGCAGUCUUUUAUGAGCUUUGCGUUACGCCGUUGCAUCUCUAUCGCCUGGAGAACGACAUCCGCUACUAUGCAGAUGUGGGGCAUUGGGCGAUGACGAUCUUUUGGUUGCUAGACAUUCCGGCAACUUUCCUGACGGCCGUCUACAUCAACGACCAUUUGCGUUUUCACGUGAAGGACAUUGCCAAGGCUUACGCCAAGUCCUGGCUUUGUUUUGAUUUGGUGAUGUUGCUGCCUGACUUGAUCAUCCUGAUCUUUCCCCACCUCGAUGAGGGGCCUACCCACGUUCUGCGUGCCAGCCGUGUGCGGCGCAUGUUUCGCUUGCUGCGCUUCCUACGGCUCCUUCGGUUCUCGAAGAUUGUGGAGAAGCUUCAGUCCCUCCAUGGCGGGACAGGUUCCAUUCGACAGCACAGCUUGCUUUGGCCAUUGGUUGAAGCCGCCUUAAUGGUCUUAGUGGCCGCCCAUCUUUUGGGGAGUUUUUGGUUCGCACUGGGUGAUACGGAAGGAGGCUGGGUGCUUGCAGAAGGUCUCCAAGACCAGCCGCUGGGUCGGCAGUACACUCGGAGCCUGGAAUGGGCCUUAUCCAAGCUGCCGCCCUCCUCUUUGAGGACCAUCGUAGAGUUGGAAACUGCGGCUGAGAGAUGGUUGGGCAUCUUUGCCACUGCAGCGACCCUGAUGUCAAGCUCUCUCUUCGUGAGCUUCAUCACCAACAGGAUGGCUGAGAUCAAUCGACAGAGGGUGCAGAUGAGGGAUAUCCUCCAGUCAGUUCGCAGGUAUUGUGGAACUCAUGGCAUCUCUUAUGCCUACACUAUGCAGAUCAAGCGUUAUGUGCAACGAGAGCACACCCGGAACGAGCUCCAAAGCCACAUGCCGCUCUUGCAGAAUUUGCCCGAGGGGAUGGUUCGAGAACUUUUUCAAGAAGGACGUAGCCCGAUUCUUCACCAUCAUGCGUUGUUCAAGGAUAUCGGCCUUCAAGACCUUUCGAUGGAGUUGAACCUUUGCAGUCAAGCUGUAUCCGAGCUCUAUUUGCUGGCCGGUGACACGAUCUUUAACACCGCCAACAAGAUUCAAGGGAUGUAUUUGUUGGGAGCAGGUUUGGGCAUUUAUUUCUACCCACGUCCUUUCCAAAGCCCACCCAAAGUGCCUGAAGCAGCAAGGCCCAGAACGGUAAGUGCCCAAAGCAUUGCUGAUUUGUUUGGUUUUGGCCUUGCACCAGCUUUGCCAUCGAGAAGCUCUUCCCGCAGACCUGACAUGGCUCAGACACCUGGUUUCCGAGAACCUGCGUCGCAACGGGCCCAAACAGUCCAACCAGCCGGAAUAGAUGGCCUUUGGCAGAACCCCCUAUCAGGGCUGUUUAAUGUAGUGUCCGUCCGCAACUGGCGUUACUGGGGGUUGCUGCGGUUUUGCCUACUUGUUGGGACUACUCGUUUAGGUCGUUGGCGGACAGAUUCGUCAAUGUUUGUCAGGACCAUGCUCGAAGCUGGAGAGUACAUUGCCGAGCCAGCCCUGUGGGUGUCAGGAUGGAGAUAUCAAGGUCACCUCCAGGCCGUGCUGGAAAGCAAAGCUUUGCUGGUCUCCACGGAGCAGUUCUAUUUCGUUGUCCGCGAUUAUGCCAAUGUGAUGGCGAACACGGUGGUCUAUGCCCGCUGCUUCGUCAAGGAGCUCAACAAUAGUGCAACCUUGUGCAGGGAAGUCACGGAUCUUCCAUUGGUGUCAAUGGCCUCUCAACCUCCUGCGCGUAUGAACCAAGUGGCACCUACAUGAGAGCAAAGACGUCGGCGGUGGUUUGAGUGGAUAUAUGUGAAUUUUGGCGAUGUUGGUAUGGGUCAGAGGCUUUAG